AAUAAAGAUCUUGCAUGAAAUGGAAGCGUCUUCUUCAAGACUUUAUGAAGAAACAAGUGAAGCCAGUAGUAAGCGUCGCAGCCCUAAUAUUGACGAAUGGCAGUUGCAAGAGUGGGAAUAUCUUGGUCGUUCAGUUCAGCAUAGAAGUCUGUUGUCUGACUUGUGUUAUCCCAGUCCAGACAUUAAACAUUUGGGCAAUGUACGUGUAAUUUUCUCGGAGAAGUUUGAGCUCGGCAAAGGAAGUGAUGAAACCCGUGUUUAUCUUGGACUGACACAGGAUGGUUACGGUAAAGCAGUGAAACGAAUUCGUAAAGAUAACUGCCUCCAGCCUGCACAGCAUGAAAAGGAAAUUUUAAAUAAAUUCAAUGCAAAAAGUUCGAAAUAUGUUGUGAAUUAUUACUUCUUUGAGGAAGAUACUGGAACAGAAUAUGAUUAUUUGAUCUUAGACUUAUGUGAGGAAUCACUGGAGAAGUUUGUGAAAAAUUCUACUGUACAUGAUCUUCAAACAGCUCUUCCCGAUAUUCUUAGACAAAUUUUAAAUGGAUUAGCUGAUCUUCAUAGUGGCCCAGAUCCUAUUCUUCAUCGGAAAUUAAAGCCUUCCAAUGUUCUCCGUGACGUAGACGGCAAAUUUCUGAUAGCUGGCUUUGGCAUUAGUCGAAUAUUGAAGAAUGGAUCUAAAACACACAAAAGCAUGUUUAACAGGGGAACUGAAUUUUGGAUUGCUCCUGAAUCAAUACAUAACGAAGAUUCAAAUAUAGCACGUAUUGAAGAUUUACAUGAAGCACGUUAUAAAAAAGAGUCUGAUGUAUAUAAUGCAGGAAUGGUGGCUUAUUAUGUUGCAACAAAAGGGGAACAUCCUUUUGGAACUAAGCCCCACCGACUGAUCAACAUGUUGAAUGGGGAACCUGUUGGCUUGGAUGGAAUCAAGGAUGAAACAUUUAAAGACCUUCUGUCGUGGAUGUUAAAACUACAACCAGAAGAAAGACCAUCUGCCAACGAAGCCUUGAAACAUCCAUUUCUUAUGUCGGAUGACGAGAAAUUUCACUUUUUAUGUAAAAAUGGUGACUUACAUUCGAUUAAAACAAAUGAUCCCCAAUCUAGUUUCGUCCAACAAUUUAGUAUUGAAUCUUCAAAUUGGAAAAGUCAAAUGGAUAACGAUGUUUAUGAAUAUUUGGUAAAUGGAAGAGAGUAUAAAUCUUCAUGGGCAGAAUGUUUAAGAUUCAUUGGAAAUAUUGAUCAGCAUUGGAACGAUCUACCACGACCUCUACCACAACCAGAACCAUUUUAUAAGAUUGGCGAUUACAAGGCGUAUUUUAUCCGAACAUUUCCGAAUCUCCUUGUUCGGUUACAUGCAGCUGUCAGGUCAAAUGAAGAAUGGAAAGAAAAUCCAGAACUUAAAGAAAUCACAAAUGGUGAUAAUACUAAUGCCGAAGAUGUCGUAAAUCCUCCAGGUGUUGAAGAUACAAAACAAGAAUUGGUGUUGCAAGAGUUGAAAUACAUUAAUGAAUCAACGAAACAUAGAGAAUUGUUUUCAAAAUUGAUUGAAUAUGGACGCAAUUCCAGUGAUGAGGUUAAAGUGGUGGGCAAUGUACGAGUAAUUUUCUCAGAAGAGUUUUGCAUUGGCAAAGGAAGUGAUGGAACACGUGUUUAUCUUGGACUGGGUAAGGAUGGUUACGGUAAAGCAGUGAAACAAAUACGUCGAGAUAGCUACAUUCAGCGUGCGCUGCACGAAAAGAAAAUUUUGAAUGAAUUCAACGCAAGAAGGUCGAAAUAUGUUGUGAAUUAUUCUUUCCUAGAAGAAGAGACUGGAACAGAAUAUGUAUAUUUGAUAUUAGACUUAUGUGAAAAAUCAUUGGAGAGUUUUGUCAAGUCUUCUACUUUACAUGAUCUUCAAAAAGCUCUUCCCAAAAUUCUCAGACAAAUUUUGCAAGGAUUAGCUGAUCUUCAUAGCGGCCCAAAUCCUAUUCUUCAUCGGGACUUAAAGCCCGCCAAUGUUCUCCGAGACACGCAAGACAACUUUCUUAUAGCUGACUUCGGCAUUAGUCGAAUAUUGGAAAAGGAUUCUACGACACAUAAUAGCAAUCCUAACAUGGGAACUGAGUAUUGGAUUGCUCCUGAAUCAUAUUGUGAAGAUGAAGAUAAAGUUAAUACGGGACGGUACAAGAAAACGUCUGAUGUAAUGAAUGCAGGAAUGGUAGCUUAUUAUAUUGCAACAAAAGGUAAACACCCGUUUGGAACUAAACCGUAUAGACUGAUGAACAUGCUGAAUGGAAAACCUGUUGGCUUGGAGGAAAUCAAGGAUGAAACAUUGAAAGACCUUCUAUCGUGGAUGUUAAACCGAGAACCCAAAGACAGGCCAUCGGCUAACGUGGCGUUAAAACACCCAUUUCUUAUGUCAGAUGACGAGAAAUUUGACUUAUUAUGUAAAGUUGGAAAUCUUCAGCAGAUUAAGACAAAUGAUCCCUUGUGUAGUGUCGUUCAACAAUUGAAUAGCGAAUCCUCAGAUUGGAGAAGCGAAAUGGAUAGUGAUGUUUAUGAUUAUUUGGUGAAUAAAAGAACCUAUAACUCUUCAUGGACAGAAUGUUUAAGUCUUAUUCGAAAUAUUGACCAGCAUUGGAACGAUCGACCACGACCUCUACCACAACCAGAACCAUUUUAUAAGAUUUGCGAUUACAGGGCGUAUUUUCUCCGAACAGUUCCUAAUCUCCCUGUUCGGGUACAUGCUGCUGUCAGGUCAAAUGAAGAAUUGAAGAACGAGCCAGAACUCAAGAACUUUUUUCCUUUUGAUGAAUGCAAACUACAUCAAAAAAAAAUUUAGAUACAACAGAACCUGUUGGGAGUAAAAAAGUAGCAAUUAAGAAAUCAUUGAUACUGUUAAGAUCUUAUUUUAUAGAUUUAAAGAAAAACAGUUUUCACGACGUAUUUAGAUGAUAUUUCACCCCGUUUCUUGUGAAUGUAUAGCCUGUGGUAUUCAUUUAUACAAUGUAUAUAUUUAAUUUUUACUGUAAACUGUUUUGGAAAAAGACUGAAGGUGAACAUGACAUUAAAAGUUAACUU